UAAUUUAAAUAACAAAAAAAAACUUUAGAAUUUUUUUUUUUUCGGUAAAAUGUUAAAAUUUAUACCAAUUUCAAUUUUUUAAAAAAUUACAAUGUUGCAAGCAACUCAUUCCAACAAAAAAAGAAAGAAACACCAACAACCCAAUACAAGCUGGAAUCCCUCAAAGGGGCCUAAUAUAAGAGAAGUAGAACUGGAGAAGAUAGGCAGGAGCGGCAUAUGUGGCUGGAAAGGACAAGAGCCGGUUGCGAACUAACCGGUCAAUGCUGUGCUUGAGACCUUCAGCUGAAGUAGAUAUACCCGCGAAGAUCCUUGCAUUUUUCUCCUUCCAAAGGAGAUAGAUGGAUGCUUGGAAGAUAAUCUUGAGAAUGGUUGCCGCCUGGGUGGAUGUUUGUUGCUGGUUGCUAAGAAUCCAUGCAGCCGCAGAGUGCAAAUCCAUCGGAGGAAAUAAUCGGAUUUGAGAAGCAAAGUAAAGCCAAACAGAGGAGUAGGUACAUUCGGAGAAUAGAUGGUGGUGAGUUUCAGUACCAGUAGAACAAAGAACACAAGCCUCUAAAAAACUUUAGAAUUGUUCGAAAAUGAAUUAAAUAAAAAAAAAAUACGCGUUAUCGCGAUAGAAAAAUAGGAAAAUUAAACGCGUGAUUUGGUCAUUGUUGGUCAUCGAUGUUGUCACCUAAUCGAAGAAGAAAAUUAGAAAAGAAAAGAAAACAAAUUUAAAAAAAAAACAACAACAGCCAAACCAAUCAAAAUCGUCCAAUUUUCCCCAAUCACUCUUCAGAUUCCGAAAAGAAAAGAAGAAAGAAAGAAACCGGAGUUGAGUUGAGACUUGAAAGAUGGUUACGCCGAACUGGGAACUGAGGGGUUGCUGUAACCGAAACCAGAACGCGUUCCUCAUCACCAUCGGAAUCUUCACCGUCGUUAUCCUUCUGUUGUGGAGGACAUUUCUUUUAACUCCGUUUAAACUGAUCACGGUGUUUCUUCACGAAGCCAGUCAUGCUGUUGCUUGCAAGCUUACUUGUGGAGAUGUAGAGGGGAUGGAGGUGAAUGCAAAUGAAGGAGGUUCCACAACAACCCGUGGUGGCAUUUAUUGGCUCAUCUUACCUGCUGGCUAUCUUGGCUCAUCAUUUUGGGGAAUGGCUUUGAUUCUUUCAUCUACCAAUCUGCUUACAGCUAGAAUAGCUGCUGCUGGUCUGGGUCUUGCUUUAUUCAUCGUCCUCUUCAUUGCCAAGAACUGGACGCUUCGUGGUCUUUGUAUAGGUUUCAUAGUUUUCCUCGCUAUCAUUUGGGUUCUACAAGAGUUAACUACUGUCAAAAUACUCCGUUAUGUCAUUCUCUUUAUUGGUGUGAUGAACAGCUUAUUCUCAGUUUACGAUAUCUAUGAUGAUCUGAUAUCACGGAGAGUCCACUCAAGCGAUGCUGAGAAGUUUGCAGAGAUCUGUCCUUGCUGCACUGGUUGUGGCUGGGGUGUCAUUUGGGGAAUGAUAUCAUUUAUGUUUCUUUGCGCGUCGCUGUAUCUCGGGCUUGUGAUCCUAUCAUAGAGAAAGGUUCAGAUUCUUCGUGGUGAAAUGCAGAGAUUCUUUUCUAUCAUCAGUGCGCAGUUAACAAUAGUUUGAUUCUUUAAGAUCCCUUUGUGUGUGUUGGGAUUUACAUUUGAUUGAAAAUUUAUUUGAAAAGUUUGUAUUCUUAUUUUAGUUUGACGUAUAUUGAAUACAACUCAUUGAUUGGUCUGUUGGAUACAUUGUUUAAAGAGGUACUUUGACUUCUGGUAAA